AUGAGGACAGUAACGAGUGGUGAUCAGUCUUGUGAUUUGUAUUGGCUUUGUCAUCCACAAGAAAAGAAGGUGAAACAAGCUGAGGACAUAGUAGGAUCAUCAAAUAAGAGUAAUAGAUCACAACAGAAAAGACGAAGUCAUUUGAAAUUUAUUCCUCCUCGAUCAGCUAAAAAGCCUAAGACAACAGAUACAAGCACUUAUGCUUCUGUUGCAUCUACAAGUACUGGUGAUCAUUCUAAAGAGACUUUGAUAGAACUAAGCAAAGAAAAGAAACAGUUGAUGGGUAAACUCCACGAGAAAGAGAACAAAUUGCAGAAGCUUCGUUUGGUCAAGUUAUAUAGGACAAAGAACGAUUUGACUCAGUUGGAGGGGUUGAUUUCAAAAUGGCGGUCAGUCAGUCAGGAAGCUGCACAAGCUUUACUUGAACACUCUCCUACUAGCAGACCAACCCCAUCAAUGACUGAACUAUUAGGCUAUCUAUCCAUUAGCCCAGAUAUAAUACAUUAUGAUACUGAAGAUGAAUCAUUUUAUUAAUCCUAAAAUAGCCAAAUGACCCAUAUCUCACAAAUUGACUAUUCUAUA